CUUCGAGUCCGUAUCGAACCCUUGACUUUUUGGAUAAUGAAUAAGUAUCAUAUCACUAAAGAUUAUUUCUUGUUUAUCUGUGAAUGAACUAUUUCAAUUUUAUUAAUUUUAAUUUUAUUUAUUUAUAUUUUGAGAAGAUGACACAGGUAUGUUUGAAUCCUGGAUUCGUCACCGAUGGAAGAGAGGGUUAAACUAAAACCUUGACCCAACGCGUGCCGACUCCGAUUAGCAGAGUACCAUACGAGGUAGUUGAAGGGAACGCCAUCUAGCGAAGGCUCAGCUUCACUGGCGGCGAUAGUGGCAAAUAUGGAGAAGAUGAGCGUCGAACAACUCAAGGCGGUGAAGGAGCAGACAGAUCUCGAAGUCAAUCUGUUGCAGGACAGCCUCAACAACAUUCGCACCGCCACCACUCGCCUCGAUCUCGCUUCCGCCGCUCUCCACGAUCUCUCCCUCCGCCCCCAAGGGAAAAAAAUGCUGGUCCCUCUCACAGCAUCGCUCUACGUGCCUGGAACUCUCGAUGACGCCAAUAAGGUCCUCGUCGAUAUCGGCACUGGCUACUUCGUCGAGAAAACCAUGGUGGAGGGGAAAGAUUAUUGCGAAAGGAAGAUCCACUUGCUGAAAUCGAAUUACGAUCAACUUCUCGAGCUUGCAUCUAAGAAAAAGACAGUUGCAGAUGAAGCUGGGGCAGUCUUGCAGGCGAAGUUGAAACAAUUAGCACCACAAACAUAGAGAGAGGUCUGGGUGUCCAUUAUAGUUUUUUGUUGGAUUGUUGAACCUCGGACUACAUUUCUGUGAACAUGGUGUUAGAGAACUGUUUUUGCGGGAGGCAUUCAAGUAUCUUCCUUUCAGGGGACUAAAGGAAGACGAUUACUUCCCCUAAAACAACUUUGAACCGUGGACUGAACUAAAGAACAAUAUAGGAUUGUUCAGAGA